UUUGAACUGAAGAAUCUCUCCAUAGUCCAUAGACCUUUCCCUUCUUAAACCCUAAAAACUAGUUGGCCUCUCCCGUUCAACUAAAAACCCUAGCUUUCGCUUCCUCUCUUCUCUACUACGAGAUCAACGAAAAUGACAGUGGAAGCAGUGAACCCUAAAGCCUACCCACUCGCAGAUGCGCAGCUCUCAAUAACAAUUAUGGAUCUCGUCCAACAAGCUGCUAACUACAAGCAGCUCAAGAAGGGCGCCAAUGAAGCCACGAAGACCCUGAACAGAGGUAUCUCUGAGUUUGUGGUGAUGGCUGCAGACACCGAGCCACUUGAGAUUCUCCUUCAUCUUCCUUUGCUCGCCGAGGAUAAGAACGUGCCUUAUGUAUUUGUUCCUUCAAAACAAGCACUUGGUCGUGCAUGUGGAGUUACAAGACCUGUCAUUGCGUGUUCAGUAACCUCUAAUGAGGGUAGCCAAUUGAAAUCCCAAAUACAACAGCUCAAGGAAGCCAUUGAAAAGCUCUUAAUCUAAGUUUAUGAUCAGUGUGAUGGGAUGGAAGUCGUUCUUUAGAGGCGUUGAGAGAUGAAGUUGUGCUUCGAGAAGGCAAAGCUUUGCAUUUCAAUCUCUAAAUUAAUGGAAUUGAAUUAUUAUAUAGCUUGUUUAAUGCGAUGGAUUGCUUAUUAUAAUUACUGUUUCGAGAUAAUCUCCUUUGUUAUGUUAAAUAUUUUUUUGACAUAUGCUGAUUAGUGAUUACUCUAGUUAGGCGAGUUGGUUCAUGGUUUUCUGAAA